CUUCUCAGGGCCUGCACGUCCUUCCUCUUCCCCCCUGAAAAAAAAAUUGCCGGACCUAAACCUAACCUACUGGUGUAAGAUCAAAGGAAGAAAAAAAUGUCUCAAAGACAAAUGAAGGAGGCCUUUGUCAGCAAUCUCAAUGGAACCAGCCUACUGGAAAUUUCAGCAGGUUUAGCAUUGCCCCCACUCUGUACUGUGUGUAGAGGACUAAUACUCAUUUUGUCACAACUUCACCAUGCACCAUUUUCAUGUAGAUGGGGAGCUCAUCUCCUCACUGACUUUGCUGUACUUGUAGUGCCUUUGGUGGCUUCUUGCACUAUUCUUUCUUCUGUGGUUUUCCUUUUGCCAACUGCCCUGACCAUUUUAGCUACAUGGCUGUUCUAUGAGAUAUAUAGCAAGAGAACCUGUUAUACCAGGGCACCUGCCCAGAAAAUCAUUGGUGCAUUCCUGAAAACCAGUGUAGAUUCCAAAAACAUCCCAUCUAUUACAAUGUUCCGUGUUUACAUCGUUUUGGCCACUGCAAUCAACAUCCUGGCCGUGGAUUUCCCACUUUAUCCUAGACGAUAUGCCAAAACAGAGCUCUAUGGAACAGGAUUGAUGGACUUUGGAGUGGGAGGCUUUGUUUUUGGAAAUGCUAUAGUUUGUCCAGAGGUUAGAGGAAAACUCAGGACCAAACAGACCAGAUAUUAUUACCUUGCAAAGCAGUUGUUCUCUGUUUGGCCAUUAGUAGUCUUAGGGGUAGGGCGACUGAUCAGUGUAAAGUCUAUAGAAUAUCAUGAACAUUUAUCUGAAUAUGGAGUACACUGGAACUUUUUUUUUACUUUAGCAGUUGUAAAAGUACUAGCCUCCUUACUCUUGAUUCUUUUCCCCCUAAACAAAUCUUGGUUUGUGGCUGUCAUCAUUGCUAUAAUCUAUCAAAUAUCUCUUGACUUUGCACAACUCAAGAUGAUUAUUUUGCAUGGCAUUGAUCACAAAGGCACAAGGAUUGGUUUCCUAAAUGCAAACCGUGAGGGGAUCAUUUCCAUCUUUGGGUAUGUGGCAAUAUAUAUGGCUGGUGUACAAACUGGAUUAUAUGUAUUAAGGGUAAAAAAAAAUAAGGGUAAAAAUCUCAGAGAUUGGCUUAAAGUGGGAUGUCACCUAUUACUGACAGCUGUCACUCUCCUUAUGUUUCUUUAUAUAUGUCAAAUAUAUGUAGAUGCAGUUUCCAGAAAAAUGGCUAAUUUAGCCUUUUGCAUUUGGAUAGUUGCUUACAGCCUAUUAUUUCUUAGUUGGUUGAUGCUAGGUAAUAUGAUUUUGGUCUUCACCAAAUUCCUGAUUAAAGGAGCUAUUGUGCCAUGUUCUUGGGAUCUCAUCCCAACACUCAACAAAGAUAAAAAUCCUUCAGAGCCCUUGGCCCAUCAAACGGGAAAAAAGCUUCCGAGUCUUUGUUUAAUUGCUGCCAUUGAUAGAAACCAGUUACUUUUCUUCUUGUUGACAAAUGUUAUGACAGGUUUAGUCAACAUGACUGUUGAUACUCUACAUAGUAGUACCUCUUGGACUUUAACUGUAUUAUAUCUUUACAUGAUCAGUAACUGUUUAAUUAUAUAUAUCCUGCAUAUACAGAAUAUUACUGUAAAAUGCUGGUGAUUAUUAGUGAAAAUAUAUUAAAUGUUAAAUAUGGAUCAUUU